CGCAACCACAACCGCUGCGUUUGAACUAGUCAGGCCCUUAGUCUAUAGUGAAAUAAUACUAGUAUAGAGGUUGGGCAGUCAAGAGAACAUCUCAACACUAGAGUUUGGAGGAAGAUAAACAAAUUUAGAGAGAGGUCGAAGAUGAAGGUGCAUGGUGUGUUCUUGGUGGCUGUUUUCUUCUACCUUAUGUAUACGCUGCCGGUCAAUGGUCAGCCUCGCAAGGACUGCCAAACUAGUUGUGGCAGAGUCACAAUUGAGUACCCUUUUGGCACUUCUCAAGGUUGUUACUAUGCCGACGAUCCUAGUUUCAAACUCACCUGUAACGAGACAGAUCAGAAGCUAUUAUUUGGAACCAACUUUGAAGUCAUCAACAUUUCUCACAGCGGGGAGCUACGCGUCUGGAAUGGUGUUUCCUACGCUUGCUACAAUAGCAAGGGAGAUUUGAGUGAUGACAUUUCCUACAGUUACUCGCUUGCUAACUUAUCUCUCUCCCGCAACAACAAGUUUACUUUAGUUGGCUGUAACGCUUUUGCAGUUCUGAGCACUACUGGAACGCGAAACUACUCAACUGGAUGCUUGUCAGCAUGUGACUCCCUACCGCCCGCAAAUGGAGAAUGUAAUGGUGAAGGUUGCUGCAGUACAGAUGUUUAUGUCCCUUUGGAUAGCAUUGAAUUCGAAACUAACCCACAUGGUUAUCGAGAAUUGACUUCUGUGCUUGACUUUAAUCCUUGCAUAUACGCCUUUCUGGCCGAAAAUGGUACUUUUCACUUCAAUGCUUCGGAAGAUCUUAAGAACCUGAGAAAUGUCAAAGAGUUCCGUGUGUUACUGGAUUGGUCUAUUGGAAACCAGACAUGCGAUCAAGUUGGAAACAGAAGCAUAUGCGGUACCAAUAACAGCACAUGUUUCAAUUCUACUCGUGGAACCGGGUAUAACUGCAAAUGUUUAGAAGGUUUUGAAGGGAAUCCUUACCUUUCAAAUGAACACAGCUGCCAAGACAUCGACGAGUGUACUACCCAUAAACAUAACUGUUCGGAUCCCAGCACCUGUAGAAACAAGGAUGGAGGAUUCUAUUGUCAGUGCCAGUCUGGUUACCGCUUAGAUGCCACCACUAUGAGUUGCAAGCGUAAAGACUUUGAAUGGGCUACUAUUCUUCUUGGAACAACCAUCGGCUUCUUGUCCCUCCUGCUUCUCAUUAGCUGCGUACAACAUAAAAUGAAGCACCGGAAGGCAGCUGAGCUCCGACAAAAAUUCUUCGAACAAAAUGGUGGCGGCAUGUUAAUACAGAGACUCUCAGGACUCGGGACACCAAAUUCUAAUGUAAAAAUCUUCACUGAAGAAGGCAUGAAGACAUCAACCAAUGGCUACGACAAGGGCAGAAUCCUGGGCCAGGGAGGACAAGGAACUGUCUACAAAGGGAUAUUACCAGACAACUCCAUAGUUGCAAUAAAGAAGGCUCGGCUUGGAGACAACAGCCAAGCAGAGCAGUUCAUCAACGAAGUGCUAGUGCUUUCACAAAUCAACCAUAGAAACGUGGUCAAGCUCUUAGGCUGCUGCCUAGAGACUGAAGUUCCCUUGCUGGUCUAUGAGUUCAUUAACAGUGGCACCCUUUUCGAUCACUUGCACGGUUCCUUCUCUAGUCUUUCUCUUACAUGGGAACACCGCCUGAGAAUAGCCGUAGAGAUAGCUGGAACUCUUGCUUAUCUUCACUCCUCUGCCUCUAUUCCAAUCAUCCACCGAGAUGUCAAGACUGCUAAUAUUCUCUUGGAUGAGAACUUAACUGCAAAGGUAGCUGACUUUGGUGCUUCAAGGUUGAUACCGAUGGAUAAAGAGCAGCUCACUACCAUGGUCCAAGGCACUCUAGGCUACUUAGACCCAGAAUACUACAACACAGGGCUCCUAAAUGAAAAGAGUGAUGUUUACAGCUUUGGGGUAGUCCUCAUGGAACUUCUCUCAGGUCAAAAGGCAUUGUGCUUCGAAAGGCCACUGCAGUCAAAACAUCUGGUGAAUUACAUUUCUUCUGCCAUGAAGGAGAACAGAUUGCACGAGGUUAUUGACGAGAAAGUAAUCAAGGAGAAUAACUGGAAGGAGGUAGAGGAAGCUGUCAGAGUUGCUAUGGAGUGUACAAGAGUGACAGGAGAGGAAAGGCCACUGAUGACGGAAGUAGCUGCAAAGCUUGAGGGCUUGCGAGUCGCAAAAAACAAACAUCAAUGGUCAGAUCAGUAUCCUGGGGAGGAGACUGGGAACUUGGUCGGUGUUGGAGUCUUAUCAGAGCAAGGAGAUACAAGCAGCACUGGCUAUGACAGCAUAAGGAAUGUAGCAAGCAUGCACGUUACAGCUGGUCGCUGAUAUCUAUUACUCAAGGCCCUGUCACAAUCACGUUCAAGUCUUUUUUUAAUGAAAAAAUAAUAUCAUUUCUGUAUU